AUGCUGGCUCUCCGCGACCAGGAGAACCUGGUACAUACUCACCAGACCGUUGCCGCGUCCAAGCCGUUGAACCAGGGCGCGAGGCACUUACAGCCCAAGACCCCCGGCGCUCGAGCACCCAAGACCCCAUUCAAGGUCCCGUUGAACGACGAGAAUGACCCCUUGGCCUUUGGAAAGAAGACCGUGAAAGCGGCGGGUAAACAGAAGGAGAGCGUCAACUUGACCGUCAAGGAUGCCUUUGUCACGCCGUCGGCGGAUCCCCGUCACCGAGCUCCCCUGGGCAUGAAAACCACCAACGCCAAAGCCAGAGGUUUGCAAACCCCCGCUCCGCCCGGAGGGACCGUGAAGCCGGAGAAAACCAUCAGAAGAGGUUCCACCCAGAGAGUCAAGAAAUUCUCGCCCUUUGUGGAACAGAGCCGGCCUGAGGUACAGACCAGACCGGUGAAAGAUGACGUUCCCGACAUUGAAUACAUGCCGCCCAAGCCAAAAGAUCUUCCUGACUACCCCGAUGACAUCACGUACGACACCACCUUCCCCCAGUUCCAGCCGAAGAACCUGGCUCGAGGACUGGAAAGCGUGUACGGCGACAACGAGAUAGGACCCGAUGGCCUCACCAAGAGAGAGCGCAAGUUCCAGGCCGACUCGGCCGCGUGCGACAAGAUGAUUGACGAGCUCAUUCUGAAGCAAGUGGAGGACAUCGGCUUUGAGGAGAUGGAUGAGGCCGUCCCAUGCAGCGAACCGCCUACGGGACAUGCGACGAGGCAUCGGAUGGAAACCCGGCGGAUGAGGGCGGCCGCGACUAGCCAGGCGAAAAGCACCAGCGAUGUUUCGACGCUUCGCGCCCGUGAUGCCGCCGCCGCGCUUUCCGGGACGCAGCGCUCCGCUCCACGGACUCGGUCCGCCGUGCCCAAGCCCCGGGUGACUUCGACCCUGUUCCCGUCCAAGAAGCCGCGACCUCCGACCAACCCGUCGAGCAUGCGCCACACGGCCGCCACCGCCAACUCGAGGACGACGGUAGGAUACAGCCGGGGCAGAGAGGUGUCAUCGAAGCUCCAUGGACCGCCGGCUAGUCCGGUGAAGCAGGAGCUGGGGAUCCUCUCACCCGAGACGUAUCUGCAGCCCUACGGGACUCCACCGCUGGCAUCCGCCGUCGAGGAGGCACUACCUACGUUCGGGGAAGACGAGGAAGCGCAGAACUUCCAAUUGACCUUGUGA